GUAGGAUUCGAACCGGUAGCGUCAAAGACAAACGCCGAGUGGACUUCAAAACACAAAUAAUGUCUUAUACAACCUUACAGGGUUGUUCAGUGCUGAAAAAUAUCUAGAUUAAAUCAGUGCAGAACCAUGGAUGAGGAGGACAGCCAGGAUGAGCUGAUCAACAGGAACGUCUCCCAUGGGAAAGGAAAAAGACCUGCCAUGUCCAUUAUCUCUGAUGACGAGGAAAACUCAGAAGAUGAGGGGGAAUCAGAGGAAAGAGAAACAGGCAGUGAGGAGGAGGAUGAUGAUGAUGAUGAUGAUGAAGAGGAGGAUGUCCUUGAUGGAGAGGAGGAGGAGGAGGAAGAUGAGGGUGAAAGUGAAAAUGAGGACUCUGGUAACGUCCUGGAAGCAGCGGCUGCAGGGGAGGCUCCUGUGCAUGCAGCUGACCUGAGCUCAGACGAGGACUCAGAGAAAUGCCCCAUCUGCCUGAACUCCUUCCACGAGCAGCCCGUGGCCACACCGGAGUCUUGCGAACACUACUUCUGUCUGGACUGCAUUCUGGAAUGGUCAAAGAAUGCCAACUCCUGUCCUGUGGACCGAAUAGUCUUUGAGAACAUUUUCCUGAGAAAGUGUCAUGGCGGAAAAGUAAAAAAAACAAUUGCAGUUAAGAAGCCUGUAAAACCUGAGGAGGAACAGGUGGAGCUGGACUUGGAUCAGACAAGCUGUGAGGUCUGCGGGGGUCGAGACCGUGAAGAUCGCCUGCUGCUGUGUGAUGGCUGUGAUGCUGGGUACCACAUGGAAUGUCUCACGCCACCUUUGGAUGCGGUUCCUGUGGAGGAAUGGUUUUGCCCAGAGUGCGUCGCCAGCAACCGCACGUCAGGUUCUGAACACAUUAGUGAGGAGGAGAGCAGCUCUCUCCCCACCACCAGCCGUUCCCGGGCCAGACCGACCCGAGCGAUCGCACGGACCCAGCAGAGCGAACGAGUUCGGGCCAACGUCAACAGACAUCGCAUCACACAGGCACGCACAGCAGCACAGCUUACUCCCAGAUACAUGAUGCAGUCCACGUGGUUGGAUGAGACCAUCAAUGCUGUAGUGGCUGGACUCAGCACAGCCGUGUAUGUACGAGACUUGACGCCUCACUCCAGAACCCGCCGGAGGAGAAAGACAGUUAGAAGAAGGAAAACCAAAAGCAAAUCCUCAGCAAUCUCUGGGGGGAAAACAAAAAAAGGCAUGGGAGUGAAGAGACCGAAACGCAGAGGGAGGAAAACAAAAUUUAGAAGAAAACUGGUCAAAAAGAAGGAAACUAAUUCCAGAGGUCGUAUUGCACGGAGUUUAGGGAUUAAGAAGCCCAAGGCUGGUUCCAUUAUUCCCUCAGUUUAUCGGCCUUCAGAGUACAGUUUAGGAAGUAUGCGGGCAGAAAUUGGCGCAGCCUCCCUCUCUGUGUACGGAGAUCCCUUUGACCUAGACCCCAUUGAUGAUAGGGAGGAUGAAAAUCAAGUUCCAACACCAUCCUCUCUUCUGGAAGCUAAACGCCGUGGCCUCUCCCGCUCUGCCUUGCGGUCCCAUCAGCCUGUGGCCAGACCCAUAUCUGCCGGCCUCUCCAGGCAAGGUGUGAGUGUCCCACAUGAGGGAGAUGUUGCCCCUGUAUCAGACCUGCUGGGGAGUAUCCUCAGUGGUCAGAGCAUGCUCCUCAUGGACAGUUCUGAUGUGGUCAUCAACAGAGAUGGUUCCCUCAAAGCAACCAAACCCGUGUCCUUGUCCUUGCCAAUGAACACUAUCCCUGGAGAAUCAGGCUCAGGGGAACCAGGAAACACACCAAACACAGAAACAAGUCUCAUCCACCCCUCUGAACAGGCUGGUCCUUCCUCCAGCCCAUUGAGGAGGCCUCCACUAGUACACAAUUCUCAUGGGUCCUGUUCCACUCCACAGAUUCCCACAUCUCCACCCAUACACUCUCCGCAUCUUCCUCACCCUCACCCAUUUCCCUUGGGUCAUCCUAAUCUGCAUCCAUGUGCACUUCACAGGCCGAUCAGCUUAAAUACACCAAGACCUGGAAAUGGCCACUUGAGCACUAAUGGGAUUAGAGGUCAACCCCUUUCAAGGGUGUCAAAUAGCUCUUCUGACUCUCCCCAUCAAGACCAGGAGGGACCUGCCCGACAGCCGCCUGUCAGAAAGCCCCCUCCAAAGCCUGUAUGGGUGGAUGUUUCUGUAUUGCCAAGGAUACCAAAAAUUAAAAGGGACAGUACCCCCAGUGCAAAUAGUAGCAGUGACAGCAGUAGCAGCACUUUGCCUGGGUCUUCAGUGACCAGCUUAGCUGGCAAUACAGGUAGGGAACGUACCGUUGAUCAGCAAGGAAUGGGUACAAGUCAGCAAAACAGGACAGUGGAUGCUCCGAGUCAAAGAUCAGACAGAACUGGUGCUGCUUCUUCAUUUUCUAGCUCUUUCACCUCCAGUACAUCAUCUUUCAGUGCCUCUUCAAACUCGUGCUCGUCCUCUUCUUCUGUCAGUUUCCGUAUAAACUCUAGCAGAAACCCAUGGCAAGCUCGGCGACUUUCUGCAUCAGGAGGGACUCUGUCUGGGAAUGAGGAGGAAUCAACAAAGAAGAGUAAUAAAAGUAAACACAUGCUGUUGUCAUUAAAAACAAAGGCCAAGGAGGAGAAGAGCAAAGAAGAGAAGUGUGAGGUCUAUGACCCCUUUAACCCUACGGGGUCUGAUUCAUCUGAUAAUGAACCAGAAGGUGAGGGUCUUGAUGUUAGCACCCAAAAUACUGAGCCUCGGGUACCAGUUGGAGUCAAUGACGAUGCCUGUCAUCAAAUCAAAUCUGAGUCUGUGAAUGCGGACUCUGAUAUGGAGAGAGACUCGGAAAUGUGUGCAGAAGUUAAAACGGAGCCAGAUCCUUGCAGAGACAAACCGUGCAAACAAUCGCCACAUCAUUCAGACGCAAUUCACAGUUGGGUUGCCACAGGAUCUUCAGAUAAUGCUAGCAUAGAUCCUGGAAGUCGUGAAACUCCAGAAAGUCCAUUUCAGAAAGCUCAAGAGCACUCCAGAUCAAGCUCGUCGUGCAGUGACAAAAACGUUAAGUUGGAGGUGAAGUCUGAGCCUGAGGCUGAACCUCAACCCGUCAGGCCCCAAUCAAAGUCCCUUGAAGAGUCUCUAGCAAUCCAAGCAUCCAAAGGAAAUGGGUUGUGUAAAGAGCUACCUUCAGUCAGUGGUACCUUUAAUGCUACUAACGUAAAAAUGGAAAGACCUCACCAGUCCCAGUGCAUGGAUAGGAAGCAGUCACCAUCAAAAUCGCAAAGCCUUUCAUCUAAAGAUUCCCAUAAAAAGAAACACUCAAAAGAAAAGAGGAGGUCACGCUCAAGGUCAAGGGAUCGGCGGCGAUCCCGUUCGAAAUCAAAAGAGAGGCACCGCUCAAGAUCGAAAGAGAGAAGAUAUCCACGGUCAAGAGACAGGAGGUGUUCCUCGAGUUCCAGCAGUAGAGAGAGGAAGACAAGUGGGAGAAGAGUGAGUCGUGAGAGGAAUGACAACCGAGGGAGAGAAAGACGAAAGAAGAGAUCAAAAGAAAGAAGGCGCUCUCGAUCUCGUUCGUUUUGUAGAUCUAGAUCCAGAGAAAGGAAGAAGGCAUCAAAGGAUAAGGGUGAGAAUAGGUUAAAGAGACAGAGGUCAAAAUCAAGAUCAACGUCUAGAGAGCGAAAAAGGCAAGAGGAUCGAUCAGAGCCCUCUCGACGCACAGAAAGGAGCUCUCAUAAGUCUGCAGAGCCCAUGUCCACUGAGUUACAUACGCCUGCUGUUGGUUCAGUCAGGUCUACAACAAAGGUGAAGACAGAGAGAGAUGCAAGAGCACAUAAACAUGAGACUACUUCAGUUAAACCAUCAAUUAAACAAGAGACUCAUUUGUUUGACAUCACAACUCGUGGUCUUGGGUCAUCAAGACAUGUUGAUCAGACUAGAAGAGUUAAAGAAAGCAAGGAAGAUGUUUCGCUUGAGCUGCUGAAGUCCGAAAAAAUUAAACAAGAGACUCAGUUGGUUGACAUCACAACUCGUGGUCUUGGGUCAUCAAGACAUGGUGAUCAGACUAGAAGGGUUAAAGAAAGCAAGGAAGAUGUUUCGCUUGAGCUGCUUAAGUCCGAAAAAAUUAAACAAGAGGAACCUUGGCCCAUUGGUGCUGUCCAGGAGUUGAAAGAUUUCAAAAAGGAGGAGGAACUCUGUGGAGAAUUAGAUGGUGUUAAAGAGAUGAAACAUGAAGAGAUGUCUUUUAACAUCUUCCUCAAGGAAUCACCAAAUCUUAAUGAAAUGAAUUUGAAAAGUGCAGAUUUAGAAAAGAGGCACGCUGGCUUUCAGGAUGAAAUUCAAUUGCAAGAAAUGGUUGAGCCAAAAAAGAUUAAAAUCAAGCAAAUAUGGCCUGAUGAAGAUGAUUCACCAAGCUGCAGUGACAACCCUCUCGUCAUCGGUUCGCAUACACCUGACAUAGACACUGAGAACUGUAAAAAGGAAAUGAAAUUGCAAGAAAUGGUUGAGCCACCAAAAAAGAUAAUCGAGCAAAUAUGGCUUGAUGACGAUGAUUCUCCAAGCUGCAGUGAUAACCCUCUUGUCAUCGGUUCAGACACACCUGACAUAGACCCGGCAAACUGUAAAAAGGAGCCCAUUGAGUCCUAUCAGUCGCCGCUUUUAGAGGAGGACAUGGAGUUGUCACCUCUCCAACCACCAGACCCCCCAAUAAAACAAGAACCUGUUGUGUCAUCCGAUGAAGAUAUUAGCAUUGAUUACUUGAUUGAUAACUUGGACUUUAUUAAGAAAGAAAUGAGUGAGAGCUCUGUGGCCGACUCGACAGAAGCUGUCGACCCCAAGUCUGCAGUUCUAGAGGCUCCAGCAGCGAAUGAGGAAAUUACUGAAACCGUUACAGCUGGUGCCAAAUCCAAGCCGCAGGGAAAGCGAGUCACUUGGAAUUUGCAGGAACCAGAAGAACCCCAGUCUGAUAAAUUAAGCAAACUUGCACUCUUCAAACUAAAGCUCAAGCAAGAAGGGUCGCGAAGGUCUGCUUCAUCCCAACAAACCUCCGGUCAGAAUAAAGCUUCAUCUAAGGCUGAUACAAAAGCAACAGUCUCCAGCCUUCCUCCCCAAGAGGAAUCCAGCAAACCAAAAUCCCACAAAGAAGGGGACGCCGAUCCGAAAGAGAAGUACAUGAAGAAACUUCAUAUGCAAGAGCGAGCAAUAGAGGAGGUCAAGCUUGCAAUAAAGCCCUUCUAUCAGAAGAGAGACAUCACGAAGGAAGAGUACAAAGAGAUUUUGCGUAAAGCCGUUCAGAAGGUGUGUCAUAGCAAGAGCGGUGAGAUCAACCCGGUGAAAGUGGUUAACUUGGUCAAAGCUUACGUGGAGAAGUAUAAACAUGCAAGAAAACACAGGAAAGAGGAAACUGGGGGAAACUCACAGGCAGACGUCCCGCAAGACUUCCAAACUUCAGUGUGAAGUCAAUGGUAAAACGGCUAUGUCCUUUUCAGACAGUACCAUUAGCAAUCAUCUGUGGAUUUUUUUUUUUUUUUUUUUUAAAUCUGUGCAUUUCUACAAUGACGUAGGAAACUCUUAAGGGCUCAACGUCUUGUCAGUAAUCAAAUGAACCUUUUUGAAUGUUUGUUUGUUUUCUUUUGAAUGUAAAGAUCAUUUGAAAGUCUCUGGGUGCGUCUGAAGACAAGAUAUGUUAAAUCUUUACGUUGCCAUUGUUUAAAACGAGUAUUCAAGAGGGUGUUGUGUUUCUUUGCUAUUUUAAGCUUAUCCAACAGGAAGUUUAAGUCAUUAGUCAGUGUCUUGCAUCAUCAGACUAUACAUAUACACACACACACACACACAAUACUUGGUGAACAUCAAAGAUCCAUCAUAAAUAAGAUUCCAUCAUUGAAGAGCGAAUUCAUUUUUUUUUUUUUUUUUUUUUUUGGUACGUCACAUAUAUGCCGUAAAUACAUAAGAUCCUCUGGGACAUUCUGUGAUCUCUCCAAAAACUUACAAAGAGCAUUUAUUUGAGUUAAAAUAUUGUUAUCUAGUCUUUAUGAGACUAUGAAAUCUAUUUGGUUGACACAUUUCUUUAAAAUCUUUUAGUUUACUACUACGAGUAAAACAGGAACACUGGAAGUAGACCUCACCCUCAUCGAAUAGUUUUGUUGAAAAUGUAAAACGAUAUGGUUCAUGACACACGUGAAUGGCUAUGAUAGAUCUUUUCUGUUCAGGUGAAAAGUGGUUGUCUAGCAGAUUUCCUGAUAAAUCCUGCCAGAUGAUGUGUUUGCCAAUUGUUUUGUUUUUUUCUAAUUGCUGUUGUUUUUUGUUCUGUUAGUGAAUGACAGCUUUUACAAAUGACUUUCAGCCUAGAAAAUAACCAUUUCUUUAUGCAUUACUAAAGGUUCAGUGAAAAGAAUUGACAGAAAAGUUGAUUGUAAAUGAUGGCUGAAGAGUGUAAUUCAAAAUGUUGGGAUUUUCUGAACCCUUUUCAUUAAUUAUGUCAUUUUAAUUGCUUGAGAAAUGUUGAAUUGAUCUCAUGUAACUUCAGUUGUAUCUCACAGUGAGGCGUGCAGAAAUGUUGCAAACCGCCGGUCUUUUCCUGUCAGAGAGGAGUCUGUUCUCGGUGAACCAAGUGAACUUUAUCAUGUGAAUCCAAGCAGUCACAGAAUACAUGAUUCGUGAUCCACUGUUUGUGUAAAUAUUUUUAUUAGAUUCUUUAUUUAAUAAAAGAAAAAAUCUUUA